AUGGAGGAAAUGAAAGAGAAGAGUAUGCUGGAAAUGGAAGGGGUUUUUGUUAGGGUUUCACGCACAGAAUCUAUGCAGCAAGGAGAAGAGCUAGUACACUACAUUCCUGGGAUUAAACCAAUUUGCGUGAAGGAUCUCCCAUCUGUAUUCUAUGGCAAAGGCAUCGAAAAGUUGCCCUUCGUUCUCGACGCUAUAUCACUAUUGGUCAAUAAAGCACAAUACACCUUGUUAAUCACCAUCGAAGCAUUGGAGCCGCAAGUGAUUGAGGCUUUACAAGCUAAAUUUCCAGUCCCCAUUUUCACAGUUGGUCCAACAAUCCCUUACUUUGAUACCGAAUUCAAAACUAACAGCCAUAACCAGCCUAGCCCAAACUAUAUGGCGUGGCUUAAUGAUCAACCUAAGGACUCUGUUCUAUACAUAUCCCAAGGAAGUUUCAUGUCAGUAUCAAACCAACAGUUAGAUGAAAUUAAAGCUGGCGUGCAAAGCAGCAGUAUCCGGACGUUUGGGGUGGCACGUGAGAAUGCUUCCCUACUCACAGAUGGAGGUGAAAACGGGAACAGGGGAAUUGUGCUGCCUUGGUGCAACCAAUUGAGAGUUUUGUGCCAUCCUAGUGUAGGUGCAUUUUGGUCGCAUUGUGGAUGGAAUUCAACCAAGGAAGGUGCAUUUGCCGGUGUUCCAUUUCUUACAUUCCCAAUUGCCGCUGAUCAAAUUACGAACAGUAAGCUAAUAGUGGAGGACUGGAAGAUUGGCUGGAGGGUCAAUAACGAAAGCGAGAACCUGGUUAAGAGAGAUGAAAUUGCUCUAAUUGUUCAGAGGUUUUUGGACCUCGACAGCUACCAAGGAAGAGAAAUGAGGAGAAGAGCAAUGGAAAUAAGGAAAAGUUGUCAACAAGCAAUUGAAGGUGGAGCCAUCCAAGGAAAUAUUGACAGGUUUAUUCGGGAUAUUUCUCAGAGCCCAAGGAGAUAG